UUCAUUUAUUGAUUGGUGAAUGUUAGUGACAUCUUGAAAAAGAACACGUCGAGUAACCCUAGAAAUGGCGCAUGCGCCCUUAUUCAAGUCUUCCCGUACGGGAAUUGAGAGGGGAAGCAACGUUCUACGUCGAUCCGUCUUUAAAUUUCAUAUUUUCCUUUUCCUUGGUAUUUUUAUGAACACGAAUGGCACCUAAAGGAAAAGGAUUUGUCAUGGAAUACAUAUGGUCUAUUCUUUUUAUCAUCAAUUUGUGAUUUUCCACGAAAAUUGCAUGAAAAGUUACCUCUUCAGUGUCAGUCUCCGUCUCAACAACCACACGACAGCUGCACAGGGAGUCGACCCGGCUCCUCGUGUAUAAAAAGUAGGCGCGGUCACUGUGCUUUGUGUGGAAGUGGACCCUGACUUGGAAAUUGAAUUGAACUGAGGCGAAGACGAGGAAAAGACUUUUUCAAGAUGGAAGUUCUUGUUCUUCUCGGACAUAUUCCGGCAUUCCUGAGCAUAUUCCUGACUGUACAGACUUGGUAUUUCAUCUAUGUAAAUUUUCUACCUUUCGUUGGACAGUUACCAUACCUAAAACGUGUGAAUCCAUACAAAGCUUGUCUGCGAAUCGGAUACAUUUUGUUGCCAUGGUGUGAAUUUUUGGACGUUAAGAUUCGAGUCCCGGAGUCGGCAGAAGAUGAAGAUAUUGAUUUGGGAGACAAUGAGGAAUCACAAAAAUCUUCAAGUUUCGAUAAGGCCAAGGAUAAUUUAAUAGACAGUGACUUUGAUUAUGCAGAGGAGCAAUUUACGGCUUACAGGAAUUUCUUUGUCAAUUUGUACCGCAUCGUACCAUUCCGAUCAUUAUCCAGGUUAUGGGGUCAAGUAAAUAGUGUAGAGGUACCGCUCUUUCUUCGCGCUCCCAUGUACGGUCUCUAUGCACGACUUUUCAACUGUAACCUAGGUGAGGCUCUUGUAGAAGAUUUCAAGCAGUACAAGAAUCUCCAAGAGUUUUUUAUGCGAGAACUCAAGCCUGAUGUAAGGCCAGUAGAUGCACAUCACACACUGGUGAGCCCUUGUGAUGGUAGGGUCCUCCACUUUGGUAAAGUAGAGAAGAGCAAGCUAGAGCAAGUCAAAGGAGUCACCUACUCUCUCAAAGAAUUCUUAGGACCAAGGUCUACAAUCCCAGCAGAUGCUGUAGAUGGCAAGUAUGAGGUAUCUGAUGAGGACUAUCACUCUUCUCUAUGUCAGAAAGAGGGCACUAGUCUUUAUCAUUGUGUGAUAUACCUAGCACCAGGUGACUAUCAUAGGUUCCAUUCACCAACCAACUGGACUGCACAUCAUAGAAGACACUUUCCAGGUGAACUGUUGUCCGUUAAUCCUGGUAUAGCUAGAUGGGUGAGAGGUCUAUUCAACUACAAUGAGAGGGUUUGUAUCACUGGAGAGUGGCAAUAUGGCUUUUUCUCCCUGACUGCCGUUGGCGCCACCAAUGUAGGAUCGAUUGCAUUUUACUGUGAUCAGGAGUUGUGCACGAACCUCACAGGGAAGUACAAACCUGGGAUCUACUUUGACAAGAGUUUGAAGUCGUGUCAUAAAGAGAGCAUUGAUCACGACGGUGUGGUGAUGACCAAAGGAACUGGCAUAGGUACCUUCAACCUAGGUUCAACCAUUGUGCUUGUCUUUGAGGCACCCAAAGACUUUGAGUUUGUAUUCAAUAGCGGAGAUAAGAUCAGGUUAGGAGAGAGACUAGGAUCACUCUGAGGGCAAUCUAACCUUUCUUCAAGGAAAGGUCUAAACAAAACAGUGCUUUUACACUCCACCAUCACAGCAGAUUCUACACUUGACCUGAUAAAUACUGAAUUCUGUAAUCCCCAUAUGUUUUGUAUAGGGACUUACUGGUUCCAGUAUGCAACAGGCUAAAUUCAUCAGCUUGAAUCUUUAGAAGAAAAGUUCACAAAGGAACUGCUGCCAAAUGGGUUAGCUAGUAGAUUUCUAUUUCUUUAUAUGUAUAUAGGAGAUGCUAUUUGAAGGAUUGGUGAAAGCAGAUCAAUGCAAGGAAAUGUAAAGAUUAUUUUUUAUCAGAAAUGGAAUUUACUGGGCAAUUCCAUAAAAUAAACUUUUUGUACAUCCGACCCCCA